AUGCUCUUCUGUAGGUUCCUCCUGCUUUCUUUGCUGACAGCUCAGCUGCUCAGGGCUGCUCAGUGCAAAAAGAUCACCUGCCAAAACAGUUGCUGCUCCUUCAUUGAGGGAUUUCCAGUCAGAUUGAAAGCACUUCGUUCUUCAUACGCCGUCAUCCGAGACUACUACGAAUCCAAGGAUGACCUGGACACCGCACUAUUCAACAGGACAGUCCUUAAUCAUUUUAAUAACCUUUACGGAUGCAGUGUCAUGAACGACAUACUGCAUUUCUACUUGGAGACCGUGUUGCCCAGUGCAAUCAGCAGCCAUGCGGACAAAAAGCACUUCAAAACACCCAUCGACACCAUCGGAAACUUAUUCCAAGAGCUUAAGAGGGAGCUGUUUAAAUGUAGGAUCUACUUCAAAUGCCAGAAACCUUUUGAAAUCUCCAGCAUCAAGAACUCAUAUAGUCGAAUGGGAGGAAAAGGCCUGUACAAAGCCAUGGGAGAGCUGGACAUGUUGUUCAACUACAUUGAAAAUUAUGUGGCGUCACAUAAAAGUAAACACUGAACAGAUGGAAAUAAGGACACUUGCUAAGCCAAAGGGACUAUCUGAAUAGUGUGGAAACAAGACUGGAAUAUAAUAUUUACACUGGAUAUCCAAACUAUUUAUUUUUUUACUACUUUUAAACUUUGUUUCUGAUGUGCUACCACACUAAAUCAAUUGCCUUUUUUUCGUACAGCACUAGAAACUUUCCCGGUGUGUUUACCAUCCUAGAAGAUGUAAGAUUAUACUGUUUAAGUCAUAUUGACCACAGCUUUUCUGUAACGUAGUUGCUUUUUGCAAUGAACUGUAAUAACCGUUUUAAAAAAUGUCAAAAGAUUAAUAUUUAUUAA